UUCCUCUUCCGGCUCAUCACCCAAGGGAGGCUGAUGGCGUCGGCGGAGCCUCUUGUGCGGCUUGGAGGGUCGAAGCGGCUCCUGGGAGAGAGAGAAGAUGCCAAGAAGAAGAGUCCUCUGGACAACAAAGAAUGAGAAGCAGCAUUAACGUGCAAAAUAAAUCAUCAUUCAAAAUAUUUUCCAAUUCAAGUUUAAAAACUCUUCUUCCUUAGCAGAUGAGAGACAAGGGAAAGAAUAACAAGAACAAAGUUUUGAGUGGGAAAAAAUAGAGCACAUAGAACUGGAAAUAACAAGAUUAAACGAGAAUUCAAAGAGGAUAAUCUUUAAAUAAAGAAGUGAGGAACAACUUGAAGUCAGUAGGAAGAAAAUGGUUCCUUGUAUAGCCAAAAUUGCCAGGCAUUAAUUGAAGUCUUUGAGGUAGGAAAAAAUGGCUUGAACCAAACAACCACCAGGCAAGAGAUCAGAAAUAUUUUUCAAGAAUCCAAGUACAUCAGUGUUGGAAAACACCCAUAGACUCCUAAUGUGGGGAAAGCACAGAUUGCAGAUCAUAGCUGAUUAUGCACAACAGGAUCCACCCAGUGAAAAGCCAUAUAAAUGUUUGGAGUGCGGCAAAAGCUUUUCUCGGAAAAACAUCCUCAUGAUUCAUGGAAGAACCCAUACUGGAGAGAAGCUCUACCAAUGUUCCCAAUGUGGCAAAAGAUUUAGCAUUCAUUCCAAUCUGGUGAGACACCAAAGGACUCACACUGGGGAGAAACUUUUUGAAUGUCCUGUUUGUGGAAAAAGCUUCAGUCAAAAUUCCCACCUGGUAGAACACCAGACGACACACACAGGAGAGAAACCGUAUAAAUGUCCUGUUUGUGGGAAAAGUUUCAGUCUGAAUUCCAACCUGGUGAUACACCAGAGGACUCAUACAGGAGAAAAACCAUAUCAGUGCCUGGAUUGUGGGAAACGUUUCAGUCAGAGUUCCUACCUGGUGAAACACAAGAGGACUCACACAGGAGAAAAACCCUAUGAGUGCCUGGAUUGUGGGAAAAGUUUCAGGCAGAAUUCCCAGUUGGUGGAACACCACAGGACACACACAGGAGAGAAACCGUACAAAUGUGAUUGUGGGAAAAGUUUCAGUCUGAAUUCCUGCCUGAUUAUACACCAGAGAACUCACACAGGAAUAAAACCAUUUCAGUGUCCAGAUUGUGGGAAAAGUUUCAGGCAGAAUUCCAACCUGAUGAUUCACCAGAGAACUCACACUGGAGAAAAACCGUAUCAGUGUCUGUAUUGUGGGAAAAGUUUCACUCAAAAUUCCCAUCUGGUGAAACACCACAGGACACACACGGGAGAGAAACCAUAUGAGUGCCUGGCUUGUGGGAAAAGUUUCAGUUGGAAUUCCAACCUGGUGGAACACCACAGGACACACACGGGAGAGAAACCAUAUAAAUGUAGUGAUUGUGGAAAAAGUUUCAGUCAGAAUUCCUGCCUGGUGAUACACAAGAGGACUCACACAGGAGAGAAACCAUAUGACUGUUCAGAAUGUGGGAAACGCUUCAGUUGCAAAUCUGAACUUGGGAAGCACCAGAAGACUCAUACGGGAGAGAAACCAUAUGAGUGUCUGUAUUGUGGGAAAACUUUCAGUAAGAGUUCCAAUUUGGUGAUACACCAGAGGACUCACACGGGAGAAAAACCAUAUGAAUGUCUGGAUUGUGGGAAAGGUUUCAGGCAGAAUUCCCAUCUGGUAGAACACCAGAGGACUCACACAGGAGAGAAACCUUAUGAAUGUCCGGAUUGCGGGAAAGAUUUCAGUACUAAGUCUAGCCUUAUAAAUCAUGUAAGGACUCACACUGGGGAAAAACUCUUUGAAUGUCCUGAUUGUGGGAAAAGUUUCUCUCGGAAUUCUGACCUGGUGAUACAUAAGAGGACUCACAUGGGAGAGAGACUAUAUGUGUGUCCGGAUUGUGGAAAAAGUUUCAAGAAGAAUUCAAAACUCAUGAUACAUCGGAGGAUUCACACAGGAGAAAAACCAUAUGAGUGCCCAGAUUGUGGGAAAGGUUUCAAUUGGAAUUCCGAGUUGGAAGUACACCAGAGGACUCACACUGGAGAGAAACCAUAUGAGUGUCCUGAUUGUGGGAAAGAUUUCUCUCGGAAUUCUGACCUGGUGAGACAUCAGAGGACUCACAUCGGAGAGAAGCCAUAUGAGUGUCAUGAUUGUGGGAAAAGUUUCAGUCAUAAUUCGUACCUGGUGAAACACCAGAGGACUCACAUGGGAGAGAAACUGUUUGAGUGUUCAAAUUGCAGGAGAGGAUUCAAUUGGAAUUCUGAACUGGUGAUACACCAGAGGAUUCACACAGGAGAAAAGCCAUAUGAGUGUCCGGAUUGCGGGAAAGGUUUCAGGCAGAUCUCCCAUCUGGUGGAACACCAGAGGACUCACACAGGACAGAAACCAUAUGAGUGUCUAUAUUGUGACAAGCAUUGUGGGAAACAUUUUGCUCGGAAUUCUGCCAUGGUGAAACAUCAGAAAACACAUACAGAAGAGAAACAAUAUAAAUGUUGUGAUUGUGGGAAAGGUUUCAGUCAUAAUUCCUACCUGGUGAAACACCAGAAGACUCACACAAGAGAGAAACCAUAUAAGUGUGCAGAUUGUGAGGAAAGCUUCCAUCGGCAUUCUCAUCUGGUGGUACACCAGAGAAUUCAUACAGGGGACAAACUGUAUCAAUGUCCGGAUUGUGGUAAAAGUUUCACUCGGAAUUCUAACCUGAGGAUGCACCAGUUGACUCACACAGGAGAAAAAUUAUAUGAGUGUCUGUUUUGUGGGAAAGGUUUCUUUCAGAAUUCCAGCUUGGUGAUUCACCAGAGGACUCACACAGGAGAGAAACCAUAUGAGUGUCCUGAUUGUGGGAAAACUUUCACGCAGACUUCUCACCUGGUGAGACACCAGAAAACUCACACGGGAGAAAAACCCUAUGAGUGCCUGGAUUGUGGGGAAAGAUUCAGUUGGAAUUUGCAUCUUGUGAUACACCAGAAAACUCACAUAGGAGAGAAAUUGUAUGAGUGUCCAGAGUGUGGGAAAAAUUUCAGUUGCAAAUCUGAUCUGUUAAAACACCAGAAAACUCACAGAGGAAAGAGAGUAUAUGAGUGUAUAGAUUGUGGGAAAAGUUUCACUCAGAAUUCCAAGCUGACAAUACACCAGAAAACUCAUUCCGGAGCCAAACCGUAUAAAUGUCUGGAUUGUGAAAAACGUUUCAGUCAGAAUUCCUACCUGGUGAAACACCAGAGGACUCACACAGGAGAAAAACCAUAUGAGUGUCUUGAAUGUGGGAAAAGUUUCCGUUGGAAUUCCAAUUUGGUGAUACACUGGAGGACUCACACAGGAGAGAAACCGUAUGAGUGUCCAGAUUGUGGAAAAGAUUUCAGUAGUAAGCCCAGCCUUAUAAAUCAUGUAAGGUUACACAUAGGAGAAUAACUAUUUAUAUACCCAGACAGUGUUUUGCUCAAGGUUCCUCCCUUAUCACACAGGAAAUUGCAUUGAGGCAAAAUUUGACUCUUGAAUUUAGUUUCUUGUCUCUUAUGUAAGUGCCCCUGAGCAAUUAAUCAUGUAAUUUUUUGCACGAUUCUUUUAGUGAAACAUGUCUUAGUAUCAAACAUCAGGGAGGAAUAGAAUAACAACAUUGGAAUAGACCUUGUAAUCCAAACCAAGCAGGGGACCCUAUAUUUUCAAAGGCUCCAUAAGGGAGUACUCACAACUUCAGAAGGCGAGCCUGUUCCUAUGGUAGAUUAUUCUGUCAGAAAAUGUCUCCUUAUUUCUAGUUUGAAUCUCUCCAUCAGUUUCCGCCCAUUGUUCCUUGUCUGGCGUUCGGGUGCUUUGCAAAAUAGCUUGUCCCCCUCCUCUCUGUGGCAGCCC